AUGAACUGCUCCUCAAACGACUCCUCCUCCGGUUCUCCCGGUGAGACGACCGCGGCCAACUGGACUCAACCGGUGGAUCGGACCUGGGACGUUUCCCUCUCUGAGAAAACUUCCCUGACUCUUUUCCUCCUGUUUCUGGUCUGUGCACUUUUUUCUUUGACGGCUAACGGACUGCUCUUCUUUCUGACAGUGAGAUGCAAGCAGCUCUGGCAGCCUCAGUACAUCCUGCUGAGUAACAUAGCCGCCUGUGGUUUUGGGAGGACCCUCAUCGCCACGUGUGUUGUGUUGUCGUCCGUUGUGCGUAAUCGGGCUCAGCUGUUCGGAAGCUGGUGCAUCGUACAGUUCUGUAUCUUGCGGGUUUUUUUCCUGAUGUCCCAGACAUCUCUGGCUCUCAUGGCCGUGGAACGCUACAUAUUCAUCUGCCACGGCAUCCACUACCUCAGGCUGAUCCACACCAGCAGCAUGCACAUCGGGUUGGGACUCCUCUGGCUGCUCAGCUGGGUGGUGAGCGUUCAUGGAGGGUUGGUGCUGAACCAGAUGAAGCUCGGCCUCCAGCAGCACACCAACCCGUUCCCGUGUGACGCCAUCUCCAUCAAGGAACUCCUAACCCCGGAAGAGAAUCUGCAGCUUUUCGUGCCCUCGUCUGUCAUCACAGCUUUCUGCAUCCUGACCACCUGCUGCUGCUACGGCUGCAUGUAUCGGGCGGCGCUGAGGGUGAGCGCGGCGCUUAAGUGUAAUAACCACCGGGCCAACUGCACCGUGGGACUUUACCUGCUCAUGCUUUUGCUGCAGACGCUGCCGAGCGUGUUUUUCAUCAUGCUCGUCGUGAUGGGGGAAACGAAGAGCCCCACCUUGAGGAUCCUCACACCCUUACUGACGCACCUGCUCUUCACGAUCCCCCCGUGCGUCACCGCAGCGUUCCUCCUCCUCCGCAACCCGCAGAUAAAGGAGCUGCUCUUUACCGUGUGCCGUCAGCAGUGUCCGUGGACAGAGGUGGAGGUUCUCCAGCAGGGCCCGGUGGAGCUCGAAGAGGAAAAUCCGGUUACACCACCCCCAUUACCAGGAAGCGCUCAGAGGACUUGA